AUGGGAGUCGGAGCUGACAACAGAAAAAGCGAAAGCAAAUUAACCGUGGGGAAAAUACACCAUGCUCCACCCUGCUCACCUCCUGUUGGUUGGGAGCCUAAACCAGAGUGUGAACCUGUUAUUAAUUACGAGUUAUUGGAAGCGUUGGCUGCUCUAUCUCCUGAUAUGUACCUGUUGUCAGGCUUCUUUGAUAGAAGUUUCUGGGCUGUUCCGCAAGUUGGUCCAAUUUGGUCUGCAAUUCGUCCACUGUUGAACCAACAUUGUUCUCCUGCGACUGGAGCGUGGCCAGUGGUGCCUCGGCCAAUUCCCGUGCCAGAUGCACCAGCUCCUUCACACUCAACCGACACUCUGAAGAGUGCAAUUCAGAAGUCCAAAGGGGAGGGACAGAAAGGAGAGAUUUUGCUGGGGUUCCCGCUGGACAAUCGAGAAAUGCCAAACCACAACUCGGCUGAUGGAGUGCCACCAGUACAGGCACUCCUCCCACGAAAGCUUUGGUCUUCGCAUGACACAAUCGAGCCACAGAAGAAUCAGAUGAGUCACCGUAACACGAAGCUGGCGAAACCGUUCAACCGAAACCAUGGCGCAGACGCACGCUUCUUCAGCGAAAACCAGAUAAUGUUGGUUCACGACUACAGUGGCGGACACCCAGCGUGGAAUCCAGGACACAUUCUCCGCCGGCGCGGCAAAGUGCUCUGCGAGAUUCAAGUUCGCCUAGUCAGGCGCUGCCAAGGCCAGGUAGCCUAUCCCCCAGAAGGUUGGGUCACAUGCCAGUCCAACAACAAGGCGAGCUCUGAUGGACUGAAAAGAUUCUCGCUGAAUAGCAAGAUGAACGUUCAGAGGCUGCACGUUCUGAAGCGUGACUUUGCACUUUGGCCAAGCGCACGCCGGUAUGAUGGUGGUCCGUCUGUUCAACAUGGCUUGUCCUUCGCCUUGGUCUUCAAAGAUGAGGACGAUGUUGUCUGCGUAAUCCAGAUCGACAAGGUUGUCACCCACAACAAUUCAAACACCGGGGUUUUGAGGAACUUCAAGCAGUCGCCUCAUUUCAUCAACGACGAAGUUGAAGAAUAA